UUUUGCUUUUUUCUGACUUUGUAGGCUUUACCUUUUCUACUUUGGUUUCUCUCUCUCUCUCUUUCUUCUAUUUUUUUUCCUUUUUUUUUUUGUUUGUUAGAUAGCUUUUUUUUUUCUUGAUAAUAGAUUGUAACCAAUGCAGAUCUCCGCGGCAAUUAUUACACUUGUAGCUGCUGCUACCACCACAUUGAACACGGUCAACGCUGCUGCUGUCACUACUGCUGAGGAUGGAAUUCUUCGUGCACCCAUCAUGCGUAACCCGAAUUUGGGUAACCCUUUAGAAGUUGCUAAAAUGAAAUAUCGAAUGCUUAAUAGAAGAGCCGAAGACUAUUUAGACAAGAGAGAUCAACAAUAUAAGGCUCCUUUGUACAAUGACCAAGGAUCACAGUACUUGAUUCAAGUCGGGGUGGGCACUCCACCACAAAACUUUGCUGUCACUCUUGAUACUGGCAGUGCUGAUCUUUGGGUUCCUUCAACAGAAUGUCCAGCUUCUAACUGUCCUUUCUACCGAUUUGACAGUUCAAAAUCGUCUACUUUCAAGACGUUGAACAAGCCAUUUGGUAUUCAGUAUGGUAUCGGUAGCGUCAACGGCUCUUAUGCAACCGAUACUGUCACGGUAGGCGGUGCUUCCAUCCCCAACCAACAGUUCGGCUUAGCAUCCAUGACGGAAGAUAUUUUACAACCCAACCCUUCUGCUGGCGGUGCUGGCUCCAAUGCACCAGAACCAUUCAACACGACAAGUAAAGCCAAUGUCGAAGCCAAUGGUAUUUUAGGUCUUGGUUAUCCUUCUCUCACCCAGGCCAACAGUCAGGGUGAAGGACCGUACAAUCCUUUUGUUUUCAAUUUGGCUGCACAGAAGGUGAUCAAUGAGCCCGUCUUUUCCAUUUUCUUGAACAGCAUCAAAGAAGACAACUGGUCGGGUGAAAUCAUCUUUGGCGGUAUUGACUCGACCAAAUUUGACGGUGAUUUGGUCUACUUGCCUGUGGCAGCUUUGCAAACCAAGGCCUCUGGUUUCUUUGGCAGCUCUGAGAAAGAAUACUAUUAUUGGAUGGUGUAUGGCCAAGGUUUAGGCGUCACCAACUCGCCUGUGGAAAACCCCAGCUGGAAGUUGCGUGAACUCGGUGCUUUCAUCCUCGAUACGGGCACCACGCUCACUUACUUCCCUACUUCAGUCGCUACAGACAUCGUGAAGGCCAUUGCGGGUGAUAAAUACACUCUGGAUCGUUCCUCUGGUGUGUUCAUUGUGGAUUGUGCCGUAGGUAAGAGUCCAGCUCGUUUUGAAUUGCAAAUGUCGCAAACGAACAAGGCCAGCAACAGCCCUGUCACCUUAAGUGUUCCUGCCAGUGAAUUGGUCAUUCCUAUUGACGGCACUUCUAUUGAUAAUGCCAACUUGUGUAUGUUUGGCAUUGCUCCUUUGGGAGGUUCUGGCAGCAUUGGUUCCAACAUGUAUCUCGUCGGUGAUUCAGUGCUUCGUUCUGCUUACAUGGUGUAUGACAUGGGCAACAACCGUGUCGGACUCGCUGCGAAUAAGGGUAUUGGUGGUAAAGUGACCGCGGGUUCUUCUGUCUCAAACGGUUCCAACAACAACGGCUCAGGAGCUUCUAAUGCCGCUGUUGCCAAUUCUGUUGGAAGCUUGUCCAGUGCUUACUCACUUCAAUCCUCCAUUGGUUUCACCGGUGCCGCUUUGUUGUUCACGGCCAUCUCCAUGUCCAUGCUUUAAAACGCCCGCCAUCUUGGCAGGGGGAGGGUGACUCACUUAUCACCGCGACAUCCAUCAUCAUCAUUAUUAUCAUCAUUAUCAUUAUAGCAACACUCCCAGGAAUAUACAACUUUUGGACCCACCCUCCCAUUAUCCAUUGAAAUAGAGAGGGGGAGGAUGCUAAUCAAAGUCUUUACUGAAGCCUUCUAAAAAUAUCUAUUUAUCACGACUUGGCUUUUUAUAUAUAUAUAUAUAUAUAUAUAUAUA